AGCGCGGCGGCGCUGUCCCUGUUACCUGUUGCUCUCAGUGGCGAUCGCCAUGGUUCCGCGGGUGCAGCUCUCCCCUGAGAUUCAGCUGGCACAGCGCCUGGCGGGGAACGCGCAGGAGGAACUAGGAAGGACCAUCUCCCAGCUUGUCCACGCUUUUCAAACCACAGAGGCACAGCACCUGUUCCUUCAGACCUUCUGGCAGACCAUGAGUCGCGAGUGGACGGGCAUAGACAGACUGCGCCUGGAUAAGUUCUACAUGCUCAGCUCCGACUGGCUCAGGGUCAUGUGGACGCCGCAUGCAUGGCAGACACUGAAGUGUGGUCCCGGCAGAGAGCUGAGGAGGGAAAGAGGUUGGACACGAAGGCAACGGGCAGAGGAGCAGGGCGGGGCCAGGCUUUGCACUUUUACAAAAUACAGGUUUAUCAGGCGGGGGAGCUCUAUGUGAUCAGCACAUGGGGCCUGAGGUGCAGUCGCUUCGCCAGGAUGGAUUCAGUUGCUUGUUGAGGCCCAUUUCCCAGGUCCCCUUGUGACCAUGUCUAGCAGCACAGCCCCCUUUUGAUGGCACUGCAGGUAGGGAAUGAGGUAGAACAGGUGUCCUGGCUGCUGGGAGUGCUCUGUCCUGUCCUCUCACUCCUGACCACGACUGGACCCUCUGCGGGAUGUGGGGUCAGUAUGCGGAACGCAGGAAAACUGGGCCAGAAAUGCUGUGAGCAAUGCACUGGGGAACGGGGGCUUGUGGGGCAGGCAUUGGGCUCAAUUGAAAUGAUAGGUUUAAGGGGAGAGUUUACUGCAUGGAGAUCAGAAAGAAAGUAAACCUUUUGCUCUGUUGGGGGGAGAUGUUCUCAGUUGCCGGACCCAGUUUUUACAGGGCCUCUGCCGCCUCUGGGCACCUGUGCUUCAUUCCCGUCCUUACUCCUGAAGCAGGGCCCAGUCCACCUCCGCUGCUGUUCAUGGUGCCUCAGUUGCUCCCCAGGUCUCCUCUAUGAGCCUGACUUCGUGGUGCGCUUGGAAAGUUGGGGCAUCUCAGCCCUGGGCAGCAACACCUCUCCAGGGUUCUGAGGGCUUGGUGUUCU